CAGAGAAGACACUAGAAUGUGGAGAGAUGACAGUACCAAAGCCUGGCCCCCGAAACAACAGCAACUGCUCCACAUAAAUGACCAUGACUUUGCCAUCAGACCUGGAUUUGGAGGUUCCCCGGUAGCAGUAGGCAUAGACGUCCAGGUUGAAAGCAUUGACAGCAUUUCAGAGGUUAACAUGGACUUCACAAUGACUUUUUAUCUCAGGCAUUACUGGAAAGAUGAGAGGCUCUCCUUUCCCAGUACAACAAACAAAAGCAUGACUUUUGAUCACAGACUAAUCAAAAAGAUUUGGGUGCCUGAUAUCUUUUUUGUGCAUUCUAAAAGAUCCUUUAUCCAUGAUACAACUAUGGAGAACUUCAUGCUGCGAGUGCACCCUGAUGGAAAUGUCCUCUUCAGUCUCAGGAUAACGGUUUCAGCCAUGUGCUUUAUGGAUUUCACCAGGUUUCCUCUGGAUACUCAGAAUUGUUCUCUUGAGCUGGAAAGCUAUGCCUAUAGUGAGGAGGACCUGAUGCUGUACUGGAAACAUGGAAAUAAGUCCCUAAAUACUGAAGACCAUAUUUCCCUAUCUCAGUUCUUCAUCGAGGAGUUCAGUGCAUCCAGUGGAUUAGCUUUCUAUAGCAGCACAGGUUGGUACUACCGGCUUUUCAUCAACUUUAUGUUAAGGAGACAUAUUUUCUUCUUUGUGCUGCAAACCUAUUUCCCGGCCAUGCUGAUGGUGAUGCUUUCCUGGGUUUCAUUUUGGAUUGACCGAAGAGCUGUUCCUGCAAGAGUUUCCCUGGGAAUCACCACAGUCCUGACCAUGUCCACCAUCAUGACUGGAGUGAGCGCCUCCAUGCCCCAGGUAUCCUACAUCAAGGCUGUGGACGUGUACUUGUGGGUCAGCUCCCUCUUCGUGUUCCUCUCAGUCAUCGAGUAUGCGGCUGUGAAUUAUCUCACCACUGUAGAAGAGCGGAAGCAAUUCAAGAAGAAAGGGAAGAUUUCUGGAAUGUAUAAUAUUGAUGCAGUUCAAGCGAUGGCCUUUGAUGGUUGUUACCAUGACAGUGAGGCUGACAUGGACCAGACUUCUUUUUCUAUACACUCAGAAGAGGACUCCAUGAGAGGAAGAUGCACAGGCAGACCCAGCACAGAUUCAUCCCACACAAAGAGAAGAAAAUCUCUCGGAGAGCACGUCAGUAAAGUUAUUCUGGAAAACAACCAUGUUAUUGACACCUACUGUAGGAUUUUAUACCCUAUUGUGUAUAUUAUAUUUAAUUUGCUCUACUGGGGUGUCUACAUGUGA